AGGUGAGAAAAAAGGAAAAAAAAAUUUCGACUACCGUACGAUCACCCACAGAUUCCGCUCCGUGAACCCUCUCAUUCUCCAUCUCUGCACCAAAAACGAACCCUAAAAUCAUCUUCGCCACUCUGAUCGUCUUCCAAAUUUUCAAUCUAUUCAGUUUCUACAAAAUCACCGGCUUUUUGUUUCUCAAUUUUGCCCCAAUCUUUUACGUCACUGACCUCCGUGCCCCCUCCCACCAAAGAAUCAAAACUCGCUGUCUCCCUUUCGUUCUUCAUCCUCAGCUCGAACGCCAUCGGUUUAAUUAUCGGAUUACGGAAUUUUCAUCGCAAUAUCUUCAUAUUGUCUUUGGAAAAAUCGGAUGGUUUUGAGGGCUCAUAGAAACUAGUAAAUAUAAUCAUGGGGAGCAGUGAAAUGGAUAAAGCAGCAAAAGAAAAGGAGGCUAAGACACCCCCUGCUGCUACUACCACACAGGAGCAGGCAUCAACCACUAGCACCGGCACUGUAAACCCCGAUUGGUCGGGAUUUCAGGCAUAUUCUCCUAUACCACCACAUGGUUUCUUGGCAUCAAGUCCCCAAGCUCACCCAUAUAUGUGGGGGGUUCAGCACAUUAUGCCUCCUUAUGGAACCCCACCUCAUCCUUAUGUUGCAAUGUAUCCCCAUGGUGUAUAUGCUCACCCUUCUAUGCCUCCGGGUUCUUAUUCUUUCAGUCCUUUUGCUAUGCCUUCUCCAAAUGGCAUUGCUGAGGCUUCUGGAAAUGCUCCUGCCAGCAUGGAGGCAGAUGGUAGGCCAUCUGAUUUGAAGGAAAAAUUGCCCAUUAAAAGAUCAAAAGGAAGUUUGGGCAGUUUGAACAUGAUUACGGGAAAGAACAAUGAGCUUGUGAAAACAUCAGGGCCAUCUACUAAUGGAGUUUAUUCCAAAAGUGCCGAGAGUGCAAGUGAAGGUACGAGUGAAGGAAGUGAUGCAAACUCUCAGAAUGUAAGUGCCAUUCAACUGUAUAUGUUUACGGAUUUUGAUUGA